AUGCGUCUUGGAAUAGGAGGUUUGACAGCUAGUAUUGCAGGACUUCAACUUCAAGAAGAUAAGGAAAUAUGGAUCUGUUAUAAUGAUGAACACAUCUCUAUCAAACAAAGUAGUUUAGAAGAUCUGACAGUAUCUAAUAUAAUUAGUCUUAAAAUGAUAAUUAAAGUUCAGUAUAAAAUAUCAGAAAAUGUCACUAUUUGCAGUGGAGAUGAUAACUUGAAAAACAGUAAACUUGUCAUUGAAUUAUACAAUACAGAAGAUAAUGCAUUAGAGAUUAUAGUUGAAGAUAAUAAAAGUGAAGAGCAAAAAGAAGAAGAUGAGAGUAAUUUUGAAACAAAUCGUAUUGAAGAAGUAUUCAAUUGA